UGGGAUACGUGAUGACAGGAGGCGGGAGCUCAGGUUGAAGUAUCUCUACCUGCCUGCCUACGCGGGACACAGACCCAGAGGAGGCCCUGAUAGCGCUGACAACGCAGCUGACUCGAACAGGUUGAACAUCUGAGAAAACAUCUGCAUCAUGUCAAAAGAUGUUGACAGAAACCAGGUGUUUAAAACCACCAGAGUGCGAACUGCACUGAAGAAUGAUGGCAGCUGGAUCCACAAAUCAAAAGAAGACGAGGAGGAACAAGACAAAGAAGGGAUGUUUCAUACCAUGGAGGCCAAACGGGUUCCAGUUAGACAGAGUUCAUACGUCCUGUUGACAGCCAGGAAGUUUGGAUCAAUAGAUUCUUCACUGAGUCCUCCUCUUCAAAACACAGAGGUCAUUCCAUCUGAAGGUAAUUCAGCACCUGAGGCAAAUGGUGAUGUUAUUCCUGCCGAAAAAGGUGCUCAGCCUGAGGGGUCAACAGUGGAGACCACAGGCGAUACAAAGUCUCAAGCUGUAACUCAAAAUGGUAAGACAGAACAAGAAAAAUCAGCUGCCGACACAACUACAGAAAACAAGGAGGAAUGUGUCAAAGCACUAGGUGACAAGUCAAAGGUGGAACCCACUGAGGCAGCUGCUGAGGUAUCUGCAGCUGUUCAUGUUGAAGAAAAUAUCCAACCAGUUUCUUCAGCACAGGAAAAUCCAGAGGCAGAGUCUCCUGCUGAUCAACCAUUUAUCAACACAACUGCAGAAAACAAAGAAGAGCAAGCUGAUCCAUCAAGCACAGAUCGCAGUGAGGCCGUGAGCUCUGCAGAUGCUAAUGUGGAAAUUCCUGCUGCAGAAAUCUCUGCUGUGGAUGACACAGCUGAGAGUAAAAGCACUGCUGAGGUCCCUGCUGCACUCAUACCCGAAGUGAAACCUCAAGAGGAAUCUUUAAUUAAAACAGAGCCAGCAACUGCAACAAAUUUGGUGGUUGCAGAAGCAGAAAUAAAUGUACAACCAAUAGAGGGGAGUAGUGAGAAGAGUCCUCCAGAGCAGACCACAGGAGAAAUUGUUGCAGCUGCAGCUAAUGUGAUGGUGGAGUCAUCGUAUGAGACCACUGAUGUGACUAAUGCAACACCAGGGGAAGUCAGUGUGGAAUCACUCCCUGACUUGCUGCUUGAAUCUCUGACCAAAUCACCUACUCAGCCUGCUGCUGAAACUCCUACAGAGGCUAGCUUUGAGAUAAGUCCUCCAGCACAAUUUACAGACGAAGCUGUUGAAGCUGCAGCUGAGGUUGUGGUGGAGGAAAUCCCUGAGAAUCCUUGUGUGAAUAAUGCAACACAACUGGAAGAAGCUGCUGUGCAAAACAGUGUGCAAGCACAUUCUGAUGUUCUAUCUGAACCGCCUGCUCAACCUGCUGCUGAAACUACUACAGAAGACAACCGUGAGAAAUGUCCUUCAGACCAAAGUGCCCAAGAUAUAGUUGAAGCUGUAGCUAAGGUUGUGAUAGAGUCAUUGCCUGAGAGCCCUGCUGUAAAUAAUGCAACACCAGAAGAAGAAGCUGCUCUACAAAGCAGUGUCCAACCAGUCCAUGAAACUCAAUCUGAUUCACCCACUUAUCUGCCCACCAAAACUAUUACAGAGGAGAGUGGUGAGAAAUGUCCUCCAGAACAAAACACAAAAGAAAUAUAUGAAGUGGUAGCUGAGGUUGUGGUGGAGACAUUGCCUGAGAAUGUGGUGGAGCCUGUAAAUAAUGCAACACCAGAGGAAGAAGCUGCUCUACAAAGCGAUUUGCAGCCAGUCAUUGAUACUCAAUCUGAAUCACCCACUCAUCCCUCUACCGAAACUGCUCCAGAGGGAAGUGUUGAGGAAGCUGCUCGACAAGUGCAACAAGUCUCUGAUGUUCUAUCCGAACCGCCUACACAACCUGCUGCUGAAACUACUACAGAAACCAACUGUGAGAAAUGUCCUGCAGACCAAGGUGUACAAGAAACUAUUAGAGCUGCAGCUGAAGUUGUGGUGGAGACAUUACCUGAGUCCCCUGCUGCACAUAAUGCAACACCAGGAGAAGAGGCUGCUGCACAACCAGUCCUCGAAUCACCUCCUCAGCCUGCAGCUGAGACUGUUGUCAAGUCUGUAGAGGGUGAAGUCGAGCCUGCAGCUGUGGAAGAAUCGGUUUUGAAGACCACAGCUGAAGAGGUGGUUGAGCGUGUAGUCAACACUGUUGUUGAACAAAGUGUUGAGUCAGCACCUGACAGCGCAGCAGACCGUGUGUCGGAACUGAACAUCGAAGAUGCUGUUAAACCUGAAACUGCCCCAGAUGCUGGAGCUGCUCAGGAAGAUUUAGCUGCCACAGUUAUUAAACUGACAGAUGCGUUAGAUGUGGAGCCACCCACAGCUGAAACUGUCCCCGAACCUGUUGAAGACUCAGAACAAUCCCACUCAGACGAGCCCAAAGUGAACCAGCAGUGUGAUGAUACCAACAUUUCUGAAGUGUUUCAAAAGACUGCACAGGAGCCAAACUCUACACAAACUCUGACAAAGUCCGGGGAUGAAAAAGCUACUUGUUGUUUCUGUCACGAAAUCAUUGACGGAAGAGAAAAGAUCAGUUUCAGUGAACCUCUGCUGACCUGCCACCCUGAGUGUCUCAAGUGUAGUGUUUGUGCCAAGGCCCUUGGAGACAUGCUGACCCCCAUGUACUUGCAUCAAAAAGAGAUCCAGUGUGGUGACUGCUUUGUGAAAACUCUCAAGAUCUGAAGCUCAUCUGGGACAGAUACGCCAUCAGAGAACUCUCAAAGCAUAAUGUGAUUAAUGUGCUGUCUAGACUGACAAUCUCAUCACUUAAAAAAAACAAAACUGUCUUCCCCUUUGAGAGGCAGAACAUAUACUGUCAUGAUUAAGAUUUGUGUCAUGAACAGGCCUGGCAGCAUGUUAUUUGCAGCAGUAAUUGCUAAAUAUGUUUAAAUGAAAUACUUCACAAUCAGCAUAAAUGAUUUUAUUGCAACAUACUGUAUGGUUUAAAUAAAAAUCACAAUGUAUUGCCUCAGA